CAGGCGUGUAAACACGGGGCGGAGAUGUCAUUGAGCAACAUGGGGUGCUGCUGAGUAAGGGAUACUUAACACCCCGGGGACGGCGAGAGCUGUGCAGUGCUGCCCCUGACGAUGAUCUCGCAGCAACUCUCUCCUCCCACUGCACGAGGAUGCCCUGUUACAAUUAAAACUGGACCUGCAGCACACAGAGGAGCGGCGUUGACUGAAAACACCGACUUAGCGGCGGCGCGCUGGCGGAGAGCGAAACUCGAGAGCCCAGAUGCAGCUGAACGCUGAAUCAACCUUGGUUUGUUUUCGCUUUCGCGCUCGUGACGAGGAGGAGGAGAGUCUCACGCCGUGAGCUGCGCGCGCUUGCAGGACAUGCGGGUCCCGACCCUCGUACCCCGGUAGCGUGAGUAGAGCCCGUCGGCGUCUCUUCCGAAAAGGAGUCCUGGGACGACGGGGGAACAUGUCAACGCAGAGCAGGUUCAAGAAGGACAAGGAGAUCAUCGGCGAGUAUGAGACACAGGUGAAAGAGAUCCGCAUCCAGCUGGUGGAGCAGUUAAAAUGCCUGGAACAGCAGUCAGAGGCACGCCUGCAGCUGCUUCAAGACCUGCAAGAGUUCUUCCGGCGCAAGGCCGAGAUCCAGGUGGAGUAUUCCCGCAGCCUGGAGAAGCUGGCUGAGCGAUUUUCCUCCAAGAUCCGCAGUUCCCGGGAGCACCACCAGCUCAGGAAGGACCAGCACCUCCUUUCUCCAGUAAACUGCUGGUUCCUGAUAUUGAACCAAACAAAGCGGGAGAGCCGUGACCACGCCAUACUCGCUGACAUCUACACCAACAAUGUCACUGUGCGCCUCUCCCAAGUCAGCGAAGAUGUCAUCAGACUCUUCAAGAGGAGCAAAGACAUCGGCAUACAGAUGCAGGAGGAACUGGUGAAGGUUACAAAUGAGCUCUACACUGUGAUGAAGACCUACCACAUGUACCACACGGAGAGCAGCAGUGCAGAGAACAAACUGAAGGAGGCUGAGAAGCAGGAGGAGAAACAGUUUGGAAAGCUGGGAGACUCCAGUGAAGACCGGCCAGUACGGCGCAGCACCGUCAGGAAGAUUGAGAAAAUUAAGGAGAAAAGACAAGCCAAGUACUUUGAAAACAAGCUAAAAUGCACAAAGGCUCGAAAUGACUACUUGCUGAACCUGGCAGCAACAAAUGCCAUUGUGGGAAAAUAUUACAUCCAUGAUGUCUCCGAUAUGAUAGAUUGCUUUGACCUGGGCUACCAUGCCAGUCUAGCCCGCACCUUUAGAACAUAUCUAUCAGCAGAGUACAGCCUGGAGACAUCACGGCAUGAAGGCCUGGAUACCAUCGAGAGCGCCGUAGACAGCCUUGAUGCCCGUAAUGAUAAGCACAAGAUCAUGGAUAUGCACAACCAGGUGUUCUGCCCUCCCAUGCACUUUGAGUACCAGCCACACAUGGGUGACGAGGUCUGUCAGCUUACCGCUCAGCAGCCGGUGCAGACCGAACUGCUCAUGAGAUAUCACCAGCUGCAGUCACGACUCUCCACACUGAAGAUUGAGAAUGAGGAGGUGAGGAAGACCCUAGAUGCCACUAUGCAGACAAUGCAGGACAUGCUGACAGUGGAAGACUUUGACGUAUCAGAAGCCUUCCAGCACAGCCGGUCUAAUGAAUCAUUAAAAUUAGCUGCUUGUGAAACCUACAUGAGCAAGAUCAAUAUUGCCAAGAGGCGGGCCAACCAGCAGGAAACUGAGGGCUUCUAUUUCAUUAAAUUCAAAGAAUUCCUUAAUGGCAGCAACCUGAUUACAAAAUUGCAGGCGAAGCAUGACCUCCUCAAGCAGACAUUAGGAGAAGGAGAGAGGCCUGAAUGUGGCACAACAAGGCCCCCUAAACUCCCCCCUAAGCCACAGAAAAUGCGGAAACCUAGACCUCGCUCAGUAUAUAACCAUAAGCUGUUUUAUGGCAAUAUGGAGGCCUUCAUCAAGGAUUCAGGCCAGGCUAUUCCACUGGUGGUGGAAAGCUGCAUUCGGUACAUUAACCUCUAUGGUCUCCAGCAGCAGGGUAUAUUCCGAGUUCCAGGAUCUCAUGUCGAAGUGAACGAUAUUAAAAAUUCAUUUGAAAGAGGUGAAGACCCAUUGGCAGAUGACCACAGCAGCCAUGAUAUCAAUUCUGUGGCUGGGGUUUUGAAACUCUACUUCCGGGGCCUGGAGAACCCACUUUUCCCAAAAGAAUACUUCCUGGACCUGAUUGCAACUAUAAAACUCGAAUCGAGUGUGGAAAGAGCUCGGCACAUCCAGCAAAUCAUUGUGACUCUGCCCCGCACCAUCAUCAUUGUCAUGAGAUAUCUGUUUGCAUUCCUCAACCACCUGUCUCAGUACAGCGAUGAAAACAUGAUGGACCCCUACAAUCUGGCCAUCUGCUUUGGGCCCACACUGAUGCCCAUCCCUGAAGGACAGGACCCCGUGGCCUGCCAGGCCCACGUCAACGAGGUCAUCAAGACCAUCAUCAUCCACCAUGAAGUUAUCUUUCCAAGCCACCGAGAGCUGGAGGGUCCUGUGUAUGAGAAGUGCAUGACAGGAGGCGAGCAGUACUGCGACAGUCCCCACAGUGAGCCUGGUGUGGCUGAUGAUGUGGAUAACGGCACUGGCCCACCUACUAGUGACGAUGAGGUAGAGCAGAUCGAGGCCAUUGCAAGGUUCGACUAUGCAGGCCGCACACCACGGGAACUGUCCUUCAAGAAGGGGGCGUCACUCCUGCUGUAUCACCGUGCCUCGGAGGAUUGGUGGGAGGGCCGUCACAACGGAGUAGACGGGCUAAUACCUCACCAGUACAUUGUGGUCCAGGACAUGGAUGAUGCUUUCUCAGACAAUCUGAGCCAGAAGGCAGACAGCGAGGCAAGCAGCGGACCCUUUCUGGAUGACAAGGACUCAUCCAAGAAUGACAUUCAGUCCCCAUGUGAGCCCUCCACUGACUGCAGCUUUGUAGGAGUCCUGGGAAGGGUAAGGCUGCAGUCUGACGGUGCUGCCAUUCCGCGUCGCAGGAAUGGCACUGACAGUCACAGCCCUCCCAGGGCAACAGACACCCCCCCACGAGCUUCAGCUUACCCCAGCAGCCCCUACAAAUUAGCUACCACCAAGGGUGGUGUGGACACCCCAGACAAGCGACGCUUGGGCACAUUCGGCAGCACUGGCAGCGUCCACUUCUCUGACAGGAGGGCCUACCCCGAGGUGCACCCGCUGAAGGCUGAGCACAACUCUGGACGCCACAGUAGCUUGGGUGACCACAAGUCCCUGGAGACUGAGGCCCUUGCAGAGGACAUAGAGAAGACUAUGACUACCGCACUGUAUGAGCUGCGGGAGUUGGAGCGGCAGAACACAGCCAAGCAGGCACCGGAUGUGGUGUUGGACACGCUGGAGCCUCUGAAGAUCCCAGCUGGGACAGAACCGGGCCGCUCAGUACAGCACACAAUCGCUAUCCGCGACCCAGAGGCUGGUGCACAACGUGGAAGCGGACCCGCUUCGGAGCUAAUGAGCACGUUCAAGCCGGUGCCAUCGCCACGGCCUGCUGGAGCCCAACCGCGACCUUCCUCAGUCAGGCCCACCCGAAUGGAUCAGCACAGCUCUUCUGGGCGGGGUUGUCCCUCUGCCCCGCCACCCAAGAAGAUCUACCCAAGAGAUUCCUCCCCCAACCAUGGGGCCAUGUAGAGAGACAGAAGCUUAUGGCGCUCUCCUGAAGGAAUUUCCCUCCCCCUGUUAGAGCUUAAAAACUGAAUCUCUUUGAUAUAGGAGUUUAUUGCUCUCAGGUUGCAUUUUCUCUGUAGUAGAUAACCUGUGGGAACAAUGAGAACCCAAUUCAUCCUGUGCUAUACAUGAAUGAAGUGCAGAUGAGAAGAAAAUCAAUGGCUUCACUUGAGGUUUAUACCAUAAAAUGCCAGAAAGUCUGAGCUCACUCAACUUGUCAUAACUGCAGUGGACUUUCAGUCUUCAGGCUGUUCACCCAAGGGUGCCAGUGGCUGUGAUGCCCCACAGCCUCUUCUACAUAAAAAUCAUAAAAGAUGUUGACGUACUUAAAGAGGUGUUCCUUAUGUCUGUAAUAAAGCAAUGACCUGUAAAGAAACAAAAAAUGUAAUCUGAAUCAUAAGACAAGCUAGCGUUUACUGUAGAAGAGAAAUAAUGUAGAGCUUACAGUUAAAAAUAGUCUACUGUAGAAAUUAUUAGGAAUAGCAGUUCAGUUGAUGUUCAUGUACAGGAAUGAAACAAAGACAGCAAUGUCAGCUAGGGAAAAAUGGUGUUUCAAUGUCUGCGUGUUCCUCUUCUGUCUCGCAGCUAAUUCCUGGCAUGGUCAAAUUGUGUGAGUUUAUAACACAACCACAUGUCCUGUACUGUUGUCUUCAUGUCUCAUGCAGCUGGUGUCUCUGUAAUUUCGACUCAAGUGGUGUAAAGCUGGUGUUUGCACUUCACUGGGUCCAGCUCUCUUGCUUUCUGCGGUGUGUUGACCUGUACUGAAUUUAUGCUGUUUAAGGCUUUCGGUGAAACAUGUGUAUUCCAUGGUUUCCGAGUAUCCCCCCUGCAGGUCGUUCGGCACAUCUGUCUCGGACCUCUCUGGAGCCCGUGGAAUUCUUGGCACACCAUGCUCCCUUCCCUCCAUCAAAAGACACAUGACUCGCUGCUAUUCCAUCUCGAUUGUCGUAGCCAGUUUCAGUUUGUCCUCUUUCCAGCGCCAGCACGACCGUGACCACGCCCCGGUGUCAGUUUAAUGAGAAAGCAGGGUCUGCUGCAGGUCAUCAAUCAAUUGAUUGCGAUCGCUGCAUUAAUUGGAUCUCUGAAGCGCAGUGCGUGCCACGUUGUUUAAUUAAGCGCGCUCUGGCUAACCUACACUAUCUGGCCUCUUCUUCAUUCAUGUCAUUCUGAGUCAGAGUAUGAUUUGCAUACCCCCCUGCUAGCAGCGCUGUGUGUGCGGUCUGCUGGGUAAAAUACAGAAUUGGGGCUUUGAGUCAAGUGUGAAUAAAAGUCCUCAGUGAUGCUCCCGAUUAA